CCCCCUCCUCCAGGUAUAUAAAUGGUGGCCCAAGUCACCCUCAGGGACACGGCAGGAGGUGGGCACCGAGGGCACUGCGGGCAGGAUCAUUUCUGGGAGCCACAAUGAUGUGGGAACUGCGCUCCAUCGCCUUCAGCAGGGCCGUCCUGGCAGAAUUCCUGGCCACUCUGGUCUUCGUGCUCUUCGGCCUGGGCUCGGCGCUGAACUGGCCCUCGGCGCCGGCGCCGAGCACGCUGCAGAUCGCGCUGGCCUUCGGGCUGGCCAUCGGCACGCUGGUGCAGGCCCUGGGCCACGUCAGCGGCGCCCACAUCAACCCGGCCGUGACGCUGGGCUGCCUGCUGGGCUCGCAGCUCUCCCUGCUCCGCGCCGUCUUCUACGUGGCGGCCCAGCUGCUGGGGGGCGUCGUGGGCGCCGCCAUCCUGCACGAGGUGACCCCGGCCAGCGCCCGCCAGGGCCUGGCCCUCAACAAGCUGCACAAUGAGACCACGACGGGGCAGGCGGUGACGGUGGAGCUGUUCCUCACCUUCCAGCUGGUCCUGUGCGUCUUUGCUUCCACGGACGAGCGGCGUGAGGACAACCUGGGCUCCCCUGCCCUCUCCAUCGGCCUCUCUGUGGCCGUGGGGCACCUCCUCGGGAUCCGUUACACCGGCUGCUCCAUGAACCCCGCCAGGUCCUUCGCCCCCGCCGUCGUCGUGGGAGACUUCAGCGACCACUGGGUGUUCUGGGUAGGCCCCCUGAUUGGGGCUGCAGCAGCCUCCAUCCUCUACAACUUCGUGCUGUUCCCACAGGCCAAAACCCUCUCGGAGCGCCUGGCCAUCCUCAAGGGCUGCGAGCCCGAGCAGGACUGGGCCGAGCGCGAGGCCCGGCGGCGCCAGUCCGUGGAGCUGCACUCGCCCCAGAGCCUGCCCAGGGGCAUGUCUGAGAAGGUGUAGCCAAACCUUCCCUGGGCCGAGAGAGGAGCUGGAAACCUCUGGCGUGGUUUUAGUGCUCAUCCAGAGGAGCAUCUCCCCUGUCCCCUCUCUCCUUUCGUUUCUCCUGGGGCACUGAAGCUGACUCCUCUCCCAGGAGAUGCUGUGCUGGUCCCACCACCUCCUGUCCCAGCUCUCCCCAUGCCCGGGGGGGUUUCUGAUCUGGGGGAGAGCCAGUCAAUCCCAACUCCGCAGGAACAAGGGAUGUCCCCAGGAUGCCCUGUCCCUCGUGCCCCUCACAGGACACGGAGCUUGGCUGGGGCUGUUCCCUCCCAGAGAGCUCUGAGGAGCCUGAGGAGUGUUCAUUACCCUGGGUGUGGAGGUUCCACCCAAUGCCUCAUUGCUGCUGCACUCUGCUCCUGUCCCGGGCCCCUGCUCGGCUCUGGGCCCACACACAGGGGCAGGAGCAGGAGCAGGAGCAGGAGCGCUCACUCUGAGCCAUGAAUGCCACACACGACCGGCUCUGCUGUGAAAGGGACCCAAGUGCCAUUUCCCACCCGACACAGGACACAGAGGUGCUCCCACAGGAGCUUUCCUGGGAAGAUGGGACUGGGAGCAUGGCCAUGAGUCCCUGCAGGCCCCACUGGGGAGCACUUGCAAAUUCUCCCUCCUGUGAAAGAGCAAACCCAGGUUACAGUCCAAAUUCAGACCCACCUCAUUGCUGGGCCAGGGUUGUCCUUCCUCUCUCUCCCUGGUUUUCCCUUCUUUCCUCUGGUCCUGUUCACCUUGGAUCACCUGGAACACACCAAGGGAAGAUUUCACACCCAGCGUGUUCCAGGUGUGAAGAAUCAGAAUCAUGGAAUGGGCUGGAUGGGAAGGGACCUCAAACCCCACCCAGUCCCACCCCUGCCGUGGGCAGGGACACCUCCCACUCUCCCAGGCUGCUCCAAGCCCUCUCCAACCUGGCCUUGGGCAUUUCCAGGGAUGGGGCAGCCACAGCUGCUCCAGGAAUUCCAUUCCAGGGCCUCCCCACCCUCACAGGGAGGAAUUCCCUCUCAUCUCCAUCACCUCCUUCUCACAUCCCUUUCUCUUGGCUGCAUCACUUCAGACCCUCCAAAUCCCUCCCACCCCUUCCCCUCUGCCCUCUCAGGACCUGCUCAUGGUCCUCAGCCCAGCCAAGGAAUUUGGGUUGGUUUUUGGGUGAACUUUGCUGUUUCAGCCAUUAAUUUAAGCCCAUUUCAGCCAUUGAUUUAAGCCCAUUUCAGCCAUUGAUUUAACCCCAUUUCCCUUGCUCUGCCCCACGUUCUCCCUUCCCAGAGUGGAUCCCAGCAGUGUCUCCAGCAUUGCCCCAGCAGUGUCAGCCCCACCAGGAUUUCUCUAGAAAGGCUGUGAUGGGAAUAUUCAAUGAGACUGGGCCCAAUUCCAAUCAUAAGGUGAUUUAUGGAUCAUUCUGGAUCGUUUCCCUCCCCCUGUUCAGACAGGACACCCCCAGCACAGGAUGCUCUUCGCUCUGCUCUAUUGGCACCAUCCCCUCCUCCCAUCCAAUCCAUCCUCGCCUUCCUCCCGUGCUCUUCCUCAGAUGCUGGAGUGGCUGCUGCUGCAGGGGUGAGGAGGGAGCCCAGCUUUGAUCUGGCCCAGACCUGGUGUUUACCCACAGCCAAUCCAUGCAAACACCCGCGGAGGGCUUUGCCAAGGCAGCACUUCCAGCCCUGGUUUGAUCCACCCAAAGCAGGGGCUCUGCUUCCCUUUGCUCCUUGAUGGUGAAUUUGAAUUUUAGCUCAGAAGAGGCUUCUCAAAAAUUCCCUCUCUUCUCAGCAGUGGCAAUAAAAUCAUGUUUUAAAUCAA